GUGCCUGGAAUGGCGCCUCCCUGUCUAUUGCUUCGCGUUAUGACGCAUUGCUUUGCACUGUUAAGUUGUUUCUACCCAUGCACCCGAGUGCUGUAUGCACCCCCAUCAUCUCUCCACGGCCGCGUCGUCAUGGCUCUGGCGUUUCCCUUCUGUUCAUCUCAUCUUCCCGCCCCAUCCUUCCUUCACCCCACUCUAUUUCUCCGUAGACCAAGCCAGCCAGCCGCGCCGUACUUCAGACUUCAUCCGAAGAUACAACGUUUCGGACCGUAUCCGUGGCUAAACCAUGUCGCAGUCUCAACUAGACCCCCUGCCGAAUGACCUCCCUUUCCGAUUCAUAUCCAAGACUAUAGGCCGAGGAGCAUAUGCAUCUAUCAAAAAAGCUAUACCCCUAGACGCGCCCUCGCCCGUCUUUGCGGUUAAGCUGAUCCACAAGGGCUACGCCGUCAAACAUGGCCGCAUCUCGGCGAAGCAGAUCGCCAUGGAAGUGUCGCUGCACUCGCACAUUGGCCAGCAUCCGAAUGUCAUCGAAUGGUUUGCCACGGGCGAGGACCACGUCUGGCGAUGGAUAGCCAUGGAGUACGCCGAGGGGGGCGACCUCUUCGACAAGAUUGAGGCCGACGUGGGCGUCACCGAAGACAUCGCCCAGGUGUAUUUCCACCAGCUCAUCAGCGGCAUAAGCUUCAUCCACUCCCGAGGUGUCGCGCACCGCGACCUCAAGCCCGAGAACAUCCUCAUGUCGGAAAACGGCAACCUGAAGCUCGCCGACUUCGGCAUGGCGACCAUGUUCGAGUACAAGGGGCAGCGGAAGCUCAGCGCGACCAUGUGCGGCAGCCCGCCGUACGUCGCGCCUGAGGUGCUAGCGUGCGGCCGCGGCGAGAAGAAGCCCGCCACCGAAGUCUCUAAGUACUCGGCCGAGCUGGUCGACAUCUGGUCGUGCGGCGUGAUCCUGUUCGUGCUGCUCGUGGGCAACACGCCGUGGGACGAGCCGACGGCGCAGAGCUGGGAGUACCAGGAGUACGUCAAGUCGCACGGGCGCAGCUCGGACAGCCUGUGGGAGCGCAUCCCGUCGGACGCGCUGUCGCUCCUGCGGGGCAUGAUCAGCGUCGAGCCCGCCAAGCGCUUCUCCUUCGCCCAGAUCCGCCAGCACCCGUGGUACACGCGGCGCAACAAGUUCCUCGCCGACGACGGCCAGAUCUCCGACCCGCUCAACCUGGCCACCAAGAUGCUCGAGAACCUGCGCAUCGACUUCAGCCAGCCGGCGCCGCCGGCGUCGCAGCGGCCGUCGCCGCCGGACGCCAUGGAUGUCGACGGCACCGCCGCCGCCGCCGCACCACCACCGCGCCUGUCCUCGACGCAGCCCGAGACGCCCAUCACCGACGCGCUCUUCGACUGGGAGCGGCCGGCGCCGCGGGCCCUGGCCGCGCCGUCGACGCAGCCCGCGGGCGCGCCCGUGGCGGUCGACGCGGCGACGGCGCCGCCGUCGGCGGCCGACUUCUUCGCCGCGCUGGCCGAGGAGCCGUCGAUGAGCCAGUUCUCGCAGACGCCGGGGGUGCCGCUGACGCUGACGCAGCGCGCGCGGCGGUUCCGGGACAUCGUGCCGGCGCACUCGUUCACGCGCUUCUUCUCGCACGUGCCGCCGCGGCUGCUGGUGCAGCUGCUCGGCGACGCGCUGCACGCGCUCAACGUGCCGCUGCCCGCCGCCGCCGCCGCCGCCGCCGACCCGGACCCGAGCCCCCAGCACGUGGCGACGCUGCGCGUGCGCACCGCCGACGAGCGCCGCCAGGGCCUCCACGGCGAGAUCCUCGUCGACCGCUACCCCCGCGCCCCCGGCGCCCGCGAGCUCCUCGAGGUCCGCUUCGUCAAGCUCAAGGGCGACCCCCUCGAGUGGCGCCGCUUCUUCAAGAAGGUCGUCCUCCUCUGCAAGGACGGCGUGUACAAGCCGGACGCCUAGCGGGCGCGAGAGAAUCCGGCGGCGGACGGCGGCGGCGGCGACGGCGCAGGGGCGGGCGUGCCCGGGCCCGGGCGGAUGACAGGGCGGGAUCGGGCGGCUCCCGUUCGGGGCGCGGGCCCUUGCGUAUAGGAAGUGCCGGUUUGGUAGAUAAAGAGAGAGAGAGAAGCUAGGGUGCGGUAAUGAUGGUUACGGUUUGGCUCGCUCCAAGUAGUUCCUUGGGGCAGGAGUCGCACCCUGCGAUAUGAUAUACG